CACGAAACGACCCUAAUGUUAUAUGUAAUGACGUAAAAUGUUUUUGACCACAGCAGCAUGGUCGGGACUUCAGUAUCCCUCUGCAACACCCAGAACCGGAUUCUUUCCCAAACGACUGCCCUGGAAGCAGCGAUGCACAAAGCUCCUGCUCCGACCUGAACCUUACAAAAAUAUUCGCCGCCAUAUAAUCACCUACUCGGCCAGCCCAGAACCCGCCGGCUCUGCAAGCGCGCCAUCAGAGGCGGUGCUGGACCUGGCUCGCAGGUACUACACGUUGCAGCACCCGGCACUCGUCAACAAGCGCUACUCCACAGCGAUAAAGGAGUUCACGGCUGCUGCCGUACUGGCGUACGAGUGCGGCCACAACGAGGCUGACGUGGCGGAGCAGCUGGGGGCGCUGGAGGGGGAGGAGCUGGGGGGCAUGAAGGGUUUCGACCCCUCCGAGUGCUGCCUGCUGGUGUGUCUGGUGUGGAUCACUCUGCAGCAGCUGGGGGCCGCCGGGGUGCGGCGCUGGGCUGCUG